CAACCAACGAAUUUGACAUCAGUUAAAUUUUUCUUCACAACAGUAAAACAACUACUAAACAAUCAAAAUGUUCAAAUACUUCGCUCUCGUUUUCGUCGCUCUCUUCGCCUGCACCGCUGCCGAGCCUAAACCCGCUCUGGUAGCAGCGCCAUUCGCCUACUCAGCUCCUCUGGUCUCCUCUCCCUACACCGCUGCCUAUGCUGCCCCAUAUGCCGCUUACGCCGCCGCUCCCUAUGCCGCCUACGCUUCACCUUACGCUUCACCCUACGCCGCCUACUCCGCUUACCCAUACAGCGGCGCCUAUGUGCUCCGCAAGUAAACGGAAUGUAGCGGAUUUUAUAUUUUAUUGACAAUGAAAAGGAUACAAUUUUACUGAUCCCACAAUAGCAAAAAAAUAAAACCAAAGUUUGAACAGAA